CUCGUCGGAACGAGCAGUCCCCAUCAUCUGGUUUCUGGAGGAGAAGGGAGGAAGGAGGCGCGUUGCCAACAUGAUGGAAGAAAUAGACAGAUUCCAAGUUCCGAGUGCCGUGCAGGAGGCUGAGAUGCAGGCUGAGAUGCAGCCGCUGGACCCGGCCUCGUCCACGGCCUCAGAGGCAGACUCAGACACCAGAGAAGGGGAACCUGUCACCAUCAACUACAAGCCCUCACCCCUGCAGAUGAAAAUAGAGAAACAGAGAGAGCUUGCUAGGAAGGGCUCGUUGAAGAACGGCAACACUGUCGGUAGUCCAGUCAACCAGCAGCCCAAGAAGAACAACGUCAUGGCCAGAACACGGUUGGUAGUGCCCAAUAAAGGCUAUUCCUCUUUAGACCAGAGCCCAGAUGAGAAGCCCUUGGUGGCCCUAGACACAGACAGCGAUGAUGAUUUUGACAUGUCUAGAUACUCAUCGUCAGGAUACUCCUCUGCUGAGCAAAUCAAUCAGGAUCUGAACAUCCAGCUGCUGAAAGAUGGUUACCGCUUAGAUGAGAUCCCAGAUGACGAGGACCUGGAUCUGAUCCCACCCAAAUCAGUCAACCCUACCUGCAUGUGCUGCCAGGCAACCUCCUCUACCACCUGUCAAAUACAGUAACGCUGCCCCUCUGACCUUCCACACCCUACCCCAUUCCACACAACAUAACACAUCCGCUCACAUCCGCUGUGAGUUUACUUCUCCGCCAGAGCGGCGACAGUGAAACAUUGGUAGAAUAUUGUAAUGACAGUCAAGUGCUAUGAUGAUAAUGACAAUGACAAAUAAUCAGAUUAACAUAUAGAAACUUUGGUUUAAAAUCUAGGAGAAGGAACAUGUGAAAAUAUUGAAUAUGUAUUUAAAAUAUGAUUAAAACUGGUGGUUUCCUCCUAUGGUAGGAAGUGCACUUGUGUUUGAGAGCCUUUCUCCUAGUGAACAUGAUGUAACUUAACACACUGAUGUUAGUAGACAGAAAACAAAGGGUAAAUUGAUGCUGUAAAGUGAUUUCAAUUUCCCUGAAGAAUAAGUAACAUUAUCAUAACUGCCGACUCAACAGUUCUGCUUACCUGAUUUCUGGUUUAGAUUUUUGCAUUUUUGUAGUUUUUUUUUUUUUUUUUUUUAAGUUUUUAUUUAAAUGUUUACUUUUUUAAACCUGAGGGAUCAGUAUGAUUGUAUGUGUUGAAGUGGAGAUAUUUGAGAAGUGUGGACUGCAGUCUUGGUACCCCAAAUUGAGGAUAUUUGGUACUGUAUUAAUUUUACUGUACAGGGUUGUUAUGUAGCACAGGCCAGGUCAUUGCACUCAUUCACACCACCCUCAACACUUUUGCUUCCUUUGCCCUACUGGCUUGAGGUGUUUCAUUACAGAGUUUAGGGAUGAAUGUGUAGACAUGAAUGGCUGAGGAACAAAGUGCAUGAAGAGCACCAGACUGAAUAAUUGAGUUGAAAAUGAUAAUCAAGUAGCUUGUUGCACAUUUGAUUUUUGCCCCAUUUCUGUCGUGCAAUCACAUGCUACUGUUGUGGCACUAGCUUGACUGGUAUUGUUUUGAAUUUGCAUAUUUUUGGUUUUUAUUUUUAGAGGCCCAUAUCUGUGUACUCUUUCCUGCAUAACAGUGACAGUGUCAUAUCUGAAAUGAACUGUGUUAAAAGGGAAGAUUACAUAUCGUUGCACCCACCCUCUAACAAAUGAUGCUCACAUGAUUCCCAUGUCCUCAAGGCCAAAGGGAAUGAAUGGGGGGCUUUACAUACAUUUUUCAGCACAGUCUGUUGUGUUACCCCGCGCUGUAUAUUUUCUCAGUGUCACAGAACCUGACGAUCGUUGGACAUUCCGUCCUCCCCAUUUCUAUCUUCACUCCACAGAUCAUUUAGAG